AAGUGGAGGAGCAAGGCCAAUGGCGGUGAACGUGAGGGGGCUGCUGGCCGUGAUGCUAGCGAUCGCCGCAGCCGCAGCCUCGCGGGCCACGGCGGAGUCUGAGCUGGGAUGGGACGUGGCAGCCCCUGACUUGCUUUACGCAGAGGGGACAGCGGCCUACGCGCGCGGGGACUGGCCCGGAGUGGUUCUGAACAUGGAGCUGGCGCUGCGCUCGCGGGCCGCCCUGCGCGCCCUCCGCCUGCGCUGCCGCACACGAUGCUCCACCGAGCUGCCGUGGACGCUGGACCUGGAUCUCGGCCAGUCCCCCAGCCUGAGCCAGGACCCGGGCGCCGCCGCCCUGCAGGACCUGCGCUUCUUUGGAUCCCUCCUGCGCCGUGCCGCCUGCUUGCGCCGCUGCCUCGGGCCGCCCUCUGCCCACUUGUUGAGCGAGGAGCUGGAUCUAGAGUUCAACAAGCGGAGUCCCUACAACUACCUGCAGGUCGCCUACUUCAAGAUCAACAAGCUGGAGAAAGCUGUGGCCGCAGCGCACACCUUCUUUGUGGGCAACCCUGAGCAUGUGGAGAUGCAGCAGAACCUCAACUACUACCAAACCAUGUCAGGCGUCAGGGAGGAAGACUUCAAGGACCUCGAGGCCAAGCCCCACAUGCAUGAGUUUCGGCUAGGCGUGCGGCUCUACUCCGAGGAAAAGCCGCAGGAAGCUGUGCCCCACCUGGAGGCUGCGGUGCAAGACUACUUUGUGGCAGACGAGGAGUGCCGUGCCCUCUGCGAAGGGCCCUAUGACUACGAUGGCUACAACUACCUAGACUACAGUGCUGACCUCUUCCAGGCCAUCACAGAUCACUACGUCCAGGUCCUCGGCUGUAAGCAGAGCUGUGUCACCGAGCUGGCUUCCCACCCAAGCCGAGAGAAGCCUUUUGAAGACUUCCUCCCUUCACACUAUAAUUACCUACAGUUUACCUACUAUAACAUUGGGAACUAUACACAGGCUAUUGAAUGCGCCAAGACCUACCUCCUCUUCUUCCCCAACGAUGAGGUGAUGAGCCAGAAUCUGGCUUAUUAUACAGCCAUGCUUGGAGAAGAGGAGGCCAGCUCCAUCAGCCCCCGGCAGAACGCACAGGAGUACCGACAGCGGAGCCUGCUGGAGAAAGAACUGCUUUUCUUCGCCUAUGACAUUUUCGGAAUUCCCUUUGUGGAUCCGGACUCAUGGACGCCAGAAGAGGUGGUUCCCAAGAGGCUGCAAGAGAAACAGAAGUCAGAACGCGAAACUGCAGUGCGCAUCUCCCAGGAGAUAGGCAACCUUAUGAAGGAGAUCGAGACCCUGGUCGAGGAGAAGACCAAGGAGUCGCUGGAUGUAAGCAGACUGACACGGGAAGGUGGCCCCUUGCUGUAUGAAGGCGUCAGUCUCACCAUGAACUCCAAGGCCUUGAACGGGUCCCAGCGGGUGGUGAUGGAUGGUGUGAUCUCUGACGCUGAGUGCCAGGAGCUGCAGAGACUGACCAACGCAGCAGCGACUUCAGGAGAUGGCUACCGAGGUCAGACCUCCCCACACACCCCAAAUGAGAAGUUCUAUGGUGUCACUGUCCUCAAAGCUCUCAAGCUCGGGCAGGAAGGGAAAGUUCCUCUGCAGAGUGCCCACAUGUACUACAACGUGACAGAGAAGGUUCGGAGGGUCAUAGAGUCCUACUUCCGCCUGGACACGCCCCUCUACUUCUCCUACUCCCACCUGGUGUGCCGCACUGCAAUAGAAGAGUCCCAGGCUGAGAGGAAAGACAGUAGCCACCCAGUCCACGUGGAUAACUGCAUCCUGAAUGCCGAAUCCCUUGUGUGCAUCAAGGAACCCCCUGCCUACACGUUCCGGGACUACAGCGCCAUCCUUUACCUCAAUGGGGACUUUGAUGGAGGAAACUUUUACUUCACUGAACUAGAUGCCAAGACUGUGACAGCAGAGGUGCAGCCCCAGUGUGGAAGGGCCGUGGGAUUCUCUUCCGGUACUGAGAACCCACACGGAGUGAAGGCUGUCACCAGGGGGCAGCGCUGUGCCAUUGCCCUGUGGUUCACCCUGGAUCCGCGACACAGUGAGCGAGACAGGGUGCAGGCAGAUGACCUCGUGAAGAUGCUGUUCAACCCAGAAGAAGUGGACCUCCCCCAGGAACAGCCCCUGCCUGGCCAACAGGACUCUCCAAAACCUGGGGGAAAGUCUCUGUCAGACAGAGAGUCACAACAGAAGGAUGAGCUAUGACAGCAGCAAGGUCGUACAUGGGUGCCCUUGGCCCCAUGGGAGGAACUCUCUGCCCCGCAGCCUGGACUUCCCAGCCCCUCGGGGCUGCAGAGUGAGGGGCACUUCUCUCUAUUGCCCAGCCAGAGGAUCCUGCCCACAGCCCUCUGCAUGGUGCUACUGUUCUUGGCAUGGACGUGGCAGGAUGCCACUCUUCUCUGGGCUUGGCUGAAGGCUUGGGAUGCAGGCCCAGAACCACCCUGGGGCCCAAAUAGGAAGCUGCCUCACGGCAGCAUGAUAUUUAAAUGUCUAUACAGACAACCGAGGAAUAAA